UUAGCUAAAAAUUAUCAAAAAUUAUCGCUCAACAUGACUAAUUAAUGUCUAAAUCAUAUCUUUUUUAUGGCAAAAACUGUAAAAAUAUUAUUCAUAAAUCGUGUUAUUUACAUGUGGUUUAAUUAUUAAAUUUACACAACUGUUAAUCGUUUAUUCCGUUUUAUUGUUUUGUACUUUUUCUAUGGACGUUGUGUUUUUGUGUGUAUUAGUGAGCGUGUAAUAAAUAUAAGUCACGAAACAAAAGGCGAUCAGUGUGAGCGUUAUGUUGUUGGUAAUAGGGUUUUUUAUCGUGACGUUCACGGGAAGCGUGUAUGGUGUAUCUGAAGCGCAGAAAUGCAAGGAUGAAGAGUCUUGUCUAAAAAACGAAUAUUACACAAAAAGCAAUCCCAUUUGUAUAAGAACAUGUGCAAAUCGAACAGAUCCGGUAAGAAUUAACUGCGAGCUCUUUACUGGAUGCGCUUGCGACGAGGGUUAUGUCAGGAAAUACGACGACGGCACUGGACCUUGCAUAAGAGAAACGAAAUGCGCUACAAAUCGCAUCUGCCCAAAAUAUGAGCGUUAUACUAGGAAGUCAGUGGGAUGUCCAAAGACAUGUGGAAAUAGACGAGUAUCAGCCAGUGCCGUAACAUGUCCGCCAAAAAAAGGCUGUAUUUGUGACGCGGGCUAUGUCAGAAAGUUUGACAAUGCUACUGGGUCCUGUAUAAGGGCUAGUGAAUGCCCCAAAAUUCCAACUAAUUGCGGAGUCAACGAAAUACCAACCAGUUGUGAUAUAAAGUGUUCAACCCAGACGUGCGACAGCCUUUUCUCCAGAUAUGACUGUCCGAAAACUGAGUGCGAACCUGGAUGUAUCUGUCGGGAUAACUAUUUAAGAAAUUCUGACAAUGUUUGCAUAUUUUUUGCGGAAUGCUUUUCAUCUCAACCUUUAAUUUGCGGACCCAAUGAAGUAGCAUCACAGUGUGCAAUGACAUGCCCUCCUCAGUCAUGUGACAGUAUAUAUACAGAAUACAUGUGUGCCAAAAAGGGAUGCACUCCUGGAUGUGAUUGCAUUGACGGAUACCUUAGAAAUAGCGAAGGAGAAUGUAUACCAAGUGAUCAGUGUUUUAAUGAGGGUGCCGGAUGUAGAGGUGAUGCUAAUGCAACGCAAGUAGCAUGUGGUAGUGCAUGUGAGGCAACCUGUGCACAGCCCGAUACUGACAGGCCGUGUAUCCUGCUUUGUAAAGUUAAUGCAUGCAAGUGUAACUCAGGCUAUAUUCUAACUGAAAGCGGUGGAGUUUGUAUUAAACCUGAAGAUUGUCCGGGAGGAAAUCCAACAUGUGGUGCAAAUAAGACCUAUGUAAAUUGCAAUGUUGGUUGCCCAACUAAUUAUUGUCCUAGAGAUGAUGGUCGGGCUAUUGUUGCUUGUGACCCACCUUUUCCUUGCCCUGGAGGAUGUGCCUGUGAAAGUGGCUAUUUGAUGUUAAGUGAUGAGGAUAAACGAUGUGUUUUAUCUUCCGAAUGUCCGCCAGUUAAUUGCACAAGACCAAACGAAGUGUGGGACGCCAACCCAACAAAAUGUUUCGAUGAACGAUGUGGAUCCAAAUGUGACAAUAAAGGUCAAUCUGCACCAAGAUGUGUAUGCAAAGAUGGGUUCUUCAGAAAUGAAAAUGAUAUUUGUGUUCCCGAAUCAGAGUGCCCUAUACAAACAUGUAAUGGUGAUCCUAAUGCUUCAUUCAGUACCUGCCUGAGUGCUUGCCCAAAAACUUGUACCAAUAAAGACAAGGUACUCAUUUGCCCUGCUGUUUGUAGAGGGUCUGGAUGUAAGUGCAAUCCAGGUUACGUCUUGAAUGACGACGGUUUAUGUGUUAAACCUGAAGAAUGUCCCGCAUCAGAGGGUUGUAAUGGUGAUCCCAAUGCUGAGUUGAGCGAUUGCAUAACAGCUUGCCCCAGAACUUGUGAGAAUCAAGAAGAUGAUCCAUUCUGUCCAAUAUCCUGCGACGCGGUUGGAUGCGUGUGCAAGCCAGAAUUCGUAUUAAAUACCAAUGGUUCAUGUAUAAAACCCGAAGAGUGUAUAGGACCUCGUGGUUGUAACGGUGAUCCUAAUGCUCAGUUCAGUGAAUGCCCCAGUGCUUGUCCAGUUUCCUGCAACAAUAAAGAGAUAGUCAACUCAUGUGCUUCCUCCUGCGAAAGCGCUGGUUGUGAGUGUAAGCCCGGAUUCGUGUUGAACGACAAUGGUAAAUGUGUCAAACCGAAAGACUGUCCAGGUGGUUCACCAAAAUGUCCUGCAAACCAAACUUAUGUGGACUGUACGGCCUGUGCAACCGAUUACUGUACGAGUCUUGAAUUACGCGGUCAAUUCGCAUGUUCUGUAGCAUACCCGUGCCCUGGAGGUUGUGUUUGUAGUAACGGAUACGCAGCUUUAAGUUAUGAAGAUCCACGUUGCGUCCUGACUUCAGACUGUCCAUCAACGGCCAAAUGUCCGAAACCAAAUGAAGUGUGGGAAGAAAAUCCUUCAGCAUGUUAUUCGGAAAAAUGUGAAAACAGGGACGGUGCUUGUGACGACAUUAUUAAGAAAAUUAUUGUUUUCCCAAGGUGUGUUUGUGUCGAAGGAUACUACAGAAACAAGGACGGUGAUUGUGUACCAGAAUCAGAAUGUCCUCCUAUUGGUUGCAAUGGUGAUCCCAAUGCGAUGUUUAGCGGUUGCUUGACUGGAUGCCCAAGGACUUGUGAGGAUCAAGAAGAUGACGAGUUGUGUCCUGUUUCUUGCGACACUGGUGGUUGUGUGUGCAAGCCAGGUUUCGUUUUGAAUACCAAUGGUUCAUGUAUCAAGCCCGAACAGUGUACAGGUCCUCGUGGCUGUAACGGCGAUCCUAAUGCAAAGUACAGCGAUUGUCCCAGUCCUUGUCCUGUUUCUUGUGACAAUAAAGAGCAAAGUACCACCUGCUCGGGCUGUGGUCCUGCUGGUUGUGAAUGCAAGCCCAAUCAUGUGUUGAACGAAAAUGGACGAUGUGUCAAACCGAAUGAUUGUCCAGGUGGAUCACCCAUAUGUCCAGCAAAUCAGACCUAUGUCUACUGUACGGUCUGUGCAUCUAAUUAUUGCCCAAUAAGUGAUAAUGUUGGUAGAGGUGCAUGUGGUAUAGCAUAUCCCUGUCCUGGUGGCUGUGCUUGCAGCAGCGGCUAUUUGCAAUUAAACUAUGAGGAUAAACGUUGCAUCUCAUCUUCAGACUGCCCUCCAGUUACGUGUACUCGACCCAAUGAAAUUUGGGAUCCGAAACCGUCAAGAUGUUAUUUGGAAUCGUGUCGAGAUAUAAGAAAGGAGUGUGAUUUUGUCGGUGCAGAUGAACCAAGAUGUGUUUGCAAGGAGGGAUAUUACAGGAACGACGAAAAUGUUUGCGUUCCAGAGUCAGAAUGCCCACCCAUAAGUUGCUUAGGUGAUCUUAAUGCAACGUUCAGCUUAUGUUUGUCUGGUUGUCCUAAAACUUGUACUAAUAAAGACGAUGACAUUUUUUGUACCGCUGACUGCAAGGGAUCUGGAUGCACUUGCAAACCGGGAUACGUGUUGAAUAACGAUGGAUUAUGUAUCAAACCUCAAGAUUGUCCAGCUGACCUCAAAUGUAACGGGGACCGUAAUGCAACAUUCCAAAGUUGUCCGAGCUCGUGUCAGGCUUCUUGUGAUGCCCCAGAUCAGAGCGGAGCUUGUAGCGAAGUUUGUGCACCAGAGGGAUGUGCCUGUAAACCGGGAUAUGUCCUAUCACAGCAGGAUGGUGGACAAUGUAUUCAGCCGACAGACUGUCCAGAUGGAAUACCUAAAUGUCCAGAAAAUGAAUUGUACGAGUUUUGCAAGACUAAUUGUUCAACGGACUUCUGCCCACAAAACGACAGCCUUUCGGCUACUUCGUGUAACUAUGUUUUCCCUUGCCGCGGCGGCUGUGUUUGUAGAGAGGGAUUCUUGAGACUAAGUAACGAAGAUCCACGUUGUGUCGCGUUAGCAGAAUGUCCACCAGUGGAGUGUACCAGACCAAACGAAGUGUGGGAUCCUAAUCCACCGGUCUGUUUACGUGAGAGAUGUGAAGAAAUGAACACAGAAUGCAACUUCCCGAUUCUACAAUCAUCAAAGUGCGUCUGCAUACCUGGUUACUUCAGGAACGAAAAUGACAUCUGUGUCCCAGCUCCUGAGUGUCCAACAAAUGGGUGUAAAGGUGAUCCCAAUGCAUCAUUUAGAGAUUGCCUCAGUGAUUGUCCAUUGACGUGCGCUAAUAAAGACCUUGACAUCGCCUGCAUCGAAGUCUGUCGGCCGGCUGGCUGUGUGUGUAAUCCUGGAUACGUGUUGAGUGAUAUUGACGGCAUUUGUAUUAGGAUCGAAGACUGUCCAGCUGAGUCUCAGUGUAAUGGAGAUCGCAACGCAACGUUCCAAACCUGCCCUAGUUAUUGCCGUGAAACUUGUGACAAUCCAGAGGGCAAAGGUAUUUGUCCUCAAGCUUGUGCUCCAGAUGGAUGUAUAUGUAAACUGGGAUUCGUACUAACUCAAGAAAUAGACGGCAAAUGUAUUGACCCUUCUGAUUGCCCAGGAGGAUCUCCAACUUGUCCAGUAAACGAAGAAUAUGUGAAUUGUAAAGUGUCGUGUCCCAGUAAUUACUGUCCUACUGUUUUUGAUGAUAGUUCCAGCCUUGUCAUCUGUGAUCCAAUUUUCCCCUGCAAAGGCGGUUGCGUUUGUAAAGAAGGAUAUUUGAGAUAUAACCAAACGGAUGACCGGUGUGUUCCGGUUACUGAAUGUCCCCAAAUCGAAUGUACGAAACCUAACGAAGUAUGGGAACCAAAUCCACCAAAAUGUCUACGUGAGAGAUGUGACAGUAGGAACAUAGAAUGCGACUUUCCUAUUCAACAACCACCAAGGUGCAUCUGUAAACCUGGUUACUAUAGAAACCAAAAUGACAUUUGUGUUCCAGCUUCAGAAUGCCCUGCCUCGCAACUGGAAUGUGGAUUGAACGAAGUAGCGGUCCCCUGCAGGACAAUAUGCCCGCCACAGAACUGUGAAAUAGCAUAUACGGACUACGCUUGUACCGAGGAGACUAAGAUAUGUGAGCCAGGAUGCGACUGUCUACCAAAUCACCUGAGAAACGGUAGCGGGAUCUGUGUACCGAAUAAUGAUUGUCCUUUAUGUUCCGUGUCCACGGAGUGCCGACGCACUUGUUCUUCACCAAACCCACCCAAUUGUCCGUACUCACCACCGGAGGAGAACAUCAAUGGAUGCGACUGCAAAAUGGGAUACGUCCUUUCGGAAAUAGGUGGAGAAUGCAUCAAAAUAGAAGAUUGUCCAAGUGAAUUAGGUUGUAACGGAGAUCCGAACGCUAGACCGAAACAAUGUCCUUUACCUUGCCCGUCUACUUGCGAGUCACCAGAUGCAGUACCUUGUAAAAUGAUGUGUGAUCCCAUCGGCUGUGAAUGUAAACCAGGAUUUAUUCUGUCCAAUGCAACUGGAGAGUGUGUGUUGCCUAACCAAUGUCCAGGUGGAAAUCCCUGUGGAAGUACAGGUCUCUUUGCUUUCUGUAAGAAUGAAUGCCCUCAAGACUACUGCCCGGUUGACGACAGUAGGGACAUUAUUGCUUGCGAUCCUUCCCCCGAAUGUCUUUCAGGCUGCAUCUGUGACUUAAACCAUAAGAGGAAAAGUUUAACAGACCCCACUUGUGUAGUGUCAUCGGAUUGCCCUCCUGUACCAUGCACGAGACCUAAUGAGGAAUGGAGCGGCUGUCCCUCCGACUGUCUCCAAGAAAGGUGUGAAGACAUCCACAACCAGCCAACAGCCUGCAACACUCUCGUAUUGAACUGUCAACCUAAGUGUAUAUGCAAGAAGGAUCAUUUUAGAAAUGCAACGGAUAUCUGCGUUCCUGUUAAAGAUUGUCCCUGCUGAAGACAACACCUAUCAAAUUUGUAAUCAAAAAUUCAAAAUAGAUAAAUAGUGCAACUAACAACUCGUUACAACAACUUACUUACAUAUUAGCGAAAUAAAAUAAACUGCUACUGAUAAAUAUAUGUCCCGA